UCCUUCAGAUAAUGACACUAUCUAUUGGGUGGACAUGGGUAUGAGCACAAUCAGUCGAGCCAAACGGGACCAGACCUGGAGAGAGGAUGUCGUGACCAAUGGCAUUGGCCGAGUGGAAGGGAUUGCUGUGGACUGGAUUGCAGGAAACAUUUAUUGGACAGACCAGGGCUUUGAUGUCAUUGAAGUCGCCAGGCUCAACGGUUCAUUCCGCUAUGUAGUGAUUUCACAGGGAUUGGAUAAGCCACGUGCCAUUACAGUACACCCAGAGAAAGGAUACCUUUUUUGGACAGAGUGGGGCCAGUACCCUCGUAUUGAACGUUCUCGGCUGGAUGGAACAGAGCGUGUGGUCCUCAUCAACAGCAGCAUCAGCUGGCCCAAUGGGAUUUCUGUCGAUUAUGAAGAUGGGAAACUUUACUGGUGUGAUGCUCGGACAGAUAAGAUUGAACGCAUAGACCUAGAGACUGGCGAUAAGAGGGAGGUUGUCCUAUCCAGUAACAACAUGGAUAUGUUCUCGGUAUCUGUCUUUGAGGAUUAUGUCUACUGGAGUGACAGGACUCACGCAAAUGGUUCCAUUAAAAGGGGCAGCAAGGACAACGCAACAGAAAUUGUGUCUCUACGCACAGGAAUAGGAGUACAGCUGAAGGACAUCAAGGUGUUCAACAGAGACAGGCAAAAGGGUACCAAUGUGUGCGCGCAGAAUAAUGGUGACUGUCAGCAAUUGUGUCUGUAUCGAGGAGCAGGUCAGCGGACAUGUGCCUGUGCCCAUGGAAUGCUCGCUGAGGACGGCGUAAGCUGCCGUGACUACGAUGGGUACCUGCUCUAUUCAGAACGGACCAUUCUCAAAAGUAUCCACUUAUCCGAUGAGAACAAUCUCAACGCACCCAUUAAGCCAUUUGAAGACAGUGAGCACAUGAAAAACGUCAUCGCCUUGGCCUUUGAUUACCGCCACGGCAGCAAGGGCAGCAACCGCAUAUUCUACAGUGACAUUCAUUUUGGCAAUAUCCAGCAAAUCAAUGAUGAUGGAACUGGGCGAAGAACUCUAGUUGAAAAUGUUGGUUCUGUUGAGGGAUUGGCUUAUCACCGAGGCUGGGACACCUUAUACUGGACAAGCUACACUACUUCCACCAUUACACGACAUACUGUGAACCAGACGCGUAUCGGAGCUUUUGAAAGAGAGACUGUGAUCACUAUGUCCGGAGAUGACCAUCCCCGAGCCUUUGUGCUAGAUGAGUGUCAGAACCUGAUGUUCUGGACCAACUGGAAUGAACAACACCCCAGCAUCAUGCGAGCUACGCUGUCAGGUGCCAACAUGAUCACCAUCAUUGACAAGGAUAUCCGCACACCCAACGGUCUGGCCAUUGACCACAAGACAGAGAAAAUCUACUUUUCUGAUGCCACCCUGGACAAGAUAGAGCGAUGUGAAUAUGAUGGCUCCAAACGAUAUGUGAUCUUGAAGGCGGAGCCAGUGCACCCCUUCGGCUUGGCUGUCUAUGGUGACAAUAUCUUCUGGACAGAUUGGGUGCGUCGUGCUGUGCAGCGUGCCAACAAAUAUGUAGGCUCUGGCAUGAAACACCUACGUAUUGAUAUCCCCCAGCAACCUAUGGGCAUCAUUGCUGUGGCCAAUGACACCAACAGCUGUGAGCUGUCUCUGUGCAGAGUAAACAAUGGUGGUUGCCAGGAUCUGUGCCUCCUCUCAGCCAGUGGAGAAGUCACAUGCUCUUGCCGGGGUGGCAGAACACUUCAGGAAGACCUUACCUGCAGAGCUUCCAACUCCACCUGUAAUAUACAUAAUGAGUUUGAAUGUGGAAAUGGUGACUGCAUUGACUUCCGUGAAACCUGUGAUCGUGUGGCUCACUGCAAAGACAGAUCAGAUGAAAAGCCAUCCUACUGCAACAGCCGCAAGUGUAAGAAGGGCUACUUGCACUGUGCCAACAAACGGUGUAUACCCAUCAAGGACUGGUGCAACGGUGUGGAUGAUUGUGGGGACAACUCGGAUGAAGUGCCUUGCAACAAGACAAGCUGUUCUCCGGCUGAGUUCCGCUGCCGGGAUGGGACUUGCAUUAGCAAUUCCAGCCGCUGCAACCAACAGAUUGACUGUGAAGAUGCUUCUGACGAAAUGAACUGCACUGCCACCGACUGCAGCAGCUUUUUCAGAUUGGGAGUGAAAAAUGUCAAUUUUCAGAAAUGUGAGCAUACAUCGAUGUGUUAUGCUCCAUCCUGGGUAUGUGAUGGCAGUAAUGACUGUGGCGACUAUUCAGAUGAGCAGGAUUGUCCAGGCUCGACAAAAACUAAGUGCCCAGCUAACUACUUUGCCUGUCCAAGUGGGAGAUGUAUUCCCAUGACCUGGACUUGUGAUAAAGAGAAUGACUGUGAGAAUGGAGAGGAUGAAACCCACUGCAAUAAGUUCUGCUUCCCAGUGAAGUUUGAAUGCAAUAAUCACCGGUGCAUCUCUAAACAGUGGGUGUGUGAUGGUGCAGAUGACUGUGGUGAUGGCUCUGAUGAAGACCACCGUUGCAGUCAUACUACUUGUGCUGCAGGAACCUUCCAGUGCCCAAACACCUACCUAUGUGUCCCACAACGCUGGCUAUGUGAUGGAGAUAGAGAUUGUCCUGAUGGGGCUGAUGAAAUUGUGUCUGCUGGAUGCUUAUAUAACAACACCUGUGAUGAACGGGAAUUUAUGUGCAACAACCAGCAGUGCAUCCCAAAACAUUUUGUGUGUGAUCACGAUGAUGACUGCGGUGAUGGUUCUGAUGAAUCCCCAGAUUGUGAGUACCCCACUUGUAGCUCCAACGAGUUCCGUUGUGCUAAUGGCCGAUGUCUGAGCAACAAACUGUGGGAGUGUGACGGCGAGUUUGACUGCCAUGAUCAAUCUGAUGAAGCCCCCAAGAAUCCAAGAUGCUCUAGCCCUGAGAGCAAGUGCAAUGAUACCUUUUAUCUCUGCCACAAUGAGCAGUGCAUCUCCAACAGUUUGCUUUGUGACAACAACGAUGACUGUGGGGAUGGCUCUGAUGAGCUGAACUGUUUCAUCAAUGAAUGUCUGAACAAGAAGCAGACUGGCUGCUCCCAGGAGUGUGAGGACCUCAAAAUUGGCUACAAGUGCAGAUGCCGCCCUGGGUUCCAGCUGAAGUAUGAUGGCAAGACUUGCAUUGACGUUGACGAGUGCACAACCACCUUCCCCUGCAGCCAGAUUUGCAUCAACACCCACGGAAGCUUUAAGUGUAUGUGUAUAGAUGGCUACGUUCUGAAGCCUGAUGAUCCAACCAGCUGCAAAGCUGUCACAGAUGAUGAACCUUUCUUGAUUUUUGCUAAUCGGUACUACCUAAGAAAGCUUAGUCUGGAUGGCUCCAACUACACAUUGAUUAAACAGGGGCUGAAUAAUGCUGUAGCUUUGGACUUUGACUACCGGGAACAAAUGAUCUACUGGACUGAUGUUACCACACAGGGCAGUAUGAUCCGCCGCAUGAACAUCAAUGGCAGCAAUGUACAGGUUCUACACCGCACUGGGCUAAGCAAUCCCGAUGGACUGGCUGUGGACUGGGUGGGUGGAAACUUGUACUGGUGUGACAAGGGAAGGGAUACUAUUGAAGUGUCAAAGCUCAACGGGGCUUACCGCACCGUGCUGGUGAACACAGGACUCCGGGAGCCUCGAGCAUUAGUGGUGGAUGUACAGAAUGGAUAUUUAUACUGGACUGACUGGGGUGACCAUUCCCUGAUUGGCAAGAUAGGUAUGGAUGGUACCAACCGGAGUGUCAUUGUGGAGACUAAGAUCACCUGGCCCAAUGGCCUCACCCUGGACUACAUUAACAGUCGCAUCUACUGGGCCGAUGCCCGAGAGGACUACAUUGAAUUUGCUAGCCUGGAUGGUUCUAACCGCCACAUUGUGCUGAACCAAGAUAUCCCCCACAUCUUUGCCUUAACCCUCUUUGAAGAUUACAUUUAUUGGACUGACUGGGAGACCAAAUCCAUCAACCGAGCCCACAAAACCACAGGGGCCAAUAAAUCUGUGCUAAUCAGCACUCUACAUCGGCCCAUGGAUAUCCACAUCUACCAUCCUUACAGGCAGCCAGAUGUUCCUAACCAUCCCUGCAAAACCAACAAUGGCGGCUGUAGCAACUUGUGCCUGCUGUCACCAGGAGGGAACUUCAGGUGUGCAUGUCCUACCAACUUCUAUCUGGGUGCUGAUGGCAGAACCUGCAUCUCCAACUGCACUGCUAGUCAGUUUGUCUGCAAGAAUGACAAAUGCAUCCCUUUCUGGUGGAAAUGUGACACCGAGGACGAUUGUGGGGAUCGUUCGGAUGAGCCGGAGGAUUGCCCUGAAUUCAAGUGUCGCCCAGGGCAGUUCCAGUGCUCUACAGGGAUCUGCACCAACCCAGCCUUCAUUUGCGACGGGGACAAUGACUGUCAGGACAACUCAGAUGAAGCCAACUGUGAAGUCCAUGUCUGCCUGCCCAGUCAGUUCAAAUGCACAAAUACCAAUCGUUGCAUCCCGGGCAUCUUCCGUUGCAACGGGCAAGACAACUGUGGUGAUGGAGAAGAUGAGAAGGAUUGUCCGGAAGUGACUUGUGCUCCAAACCAGUUCCAGUGUGCCAUUACCAAACGCUGCAUUCCGCGAGUUUGGGUUUGUGACCGUGACAACGACUGCGUGGACGGAUCCGAUGAGCCUGCCAACUGCACACAAAUGAGAUGUGGUCUGGAUGAAUUCCGGUGCAAGGAUUCUGGCCGAUGCAUCCCAGCGCGUUGGAAAUGUGAUGGCGAGGAUGACUGUGGGGAUGGUUCAGAUGAGCCCAAGGAAGAAUGUGAUCAGCGGACUUGUGAGCCCUACCAGUUCCGCUGCAGGAACAACCGCUGUGUUCCAGGCCGCUGGAAGUGUGACUAUGACAACGACUGUGGGGAUAACUCGGAUGAGGAGACCUGUAAGCCCAGGGCUUGCUCUGAAAGUGAGUUCUCUUGCGCCAAUGGCCGUUGCAUUGCAGGCCGUUGGAAGUGUGAUGGGGACCAUGAUUGUGCUGAUGGCUCUGAUGAGAAAGAAUGCAAGCCACGCUGUGAACAAGACCAAUUCCACUGCAAGAGUGGCCACUGCAUCCCACUGCGAUGGCGCUGUGAUGCUGAUGCCGAUUGCAUGGAUGGCAGUGAUGAGGAAGACUGUGGCACGAGAGUGCGGACUUGCCCUCUUGAUGAGUUCCAGUGUAACAACACUCUGUGCAAGCCACUGGCCUGGAAAUGUGAUGGUGAAGAUGACUGUGGUGAUAAUUCUGAUGAAAAUCCCGAAGAAUGCUUGAAAUUCCAGUGCCCUCCCAACAGGCCAUUCCGUUGCAAGAACGAUCGCGUGUGUCUGUGGAUUGGCCGCCAGUGUGAUGGCAUCGACAACUGUGGCGAUGGCACUGAUGAGCAGUUCUGUGAUUCACCAACCACCAGGCCUAGGAGCUGCAGCCACGAGAAGAAUGAGUUCCUGUGCACAAAUGGGAAAUGUAUCAGCGCUGAGCAUCGCUGCAACUUUUUCGACGACUGUGGAGAUGGGUCUGACGAGGACAAUUGCUUGCAGGAUCCCAAGACGUAUGGCUGUCACACCAAUGUAACCAUGUGUGGCGAUGAAGCCAAAUGUAUCCAAACCCCCUCAUCUGUUUACUGCACCUGCCGCAGUGGCUUUCAGAAAGUGCCAGGCAAGAAUUUCUGCCAAGACAUUAACGAAUGCCUGAACUUCAGGGUUUGCAGUCAUCUCUGCAACAACACCAAAGGCUCCUACAUGUGCACUUGUGCCAAGAACUUCCAGAAGACUCAUCAUAUGUGCAAGGCUGAAGGUUCUGAGUAUCAGAUACUUUACAUUGCCGAUGACAACAAGAUUCGCAGCAUGUAUCCCUUCAACCCAAACUCGGCCUAUGAACCUGCCUUCCAAGGCGAUGAGACUGUCCGGAUUGCUGCCAUGGAUGUCUACGUCAAGGGCAACAAGAUAUACUGGACUAACUGGCACACGGGGCGCAUAUCCUGUCGAGAUCUCCCGUCCUCAGCCGGUUCUAGUGCCCCCAAUCGAAACCGACGGCAGAUUGACGGCGGUGUCACCCAUCUCAAUAUUUCAGGGUUAAAGAUGCCACGGGGCAUUGCUGUGGAUUGGGUGGCUGGGAACAUCUAUUGGACAGACUCGGGGCGUGACGUCAUCGAAGUAGCACAGAUGAAGGGAGAGAAUCGCAAGACCCUGAUCUCCGGCAUGAUUGACGAGCCACAUGCAAUCGUAGUGGACCCACUUCGAGGCGUCAUGUAUUGGUCAGACUGGGGGAACCACCCUAAAAUUGAAACGGCUGCAAUGGAUGGGACCCUGAGAGAGACCCUUGUCCAGGACAAUAUCCAGUGGCCUACUGGUCUGGCUGUUGAUUAUCACAACGAGCGCCUGUAUUGGGCAGAUGCCAAGCUCUCGGUCAUUGGCAGCAUCAGGCUCAAUGGCACUGACCCAGUGGUGGCCAUUGACAGCAAGAAAGGACUCAGCCAUCCCUUCAGCAUUGACAUUUUUGAAGACUACAUUUAUGGUGUCACUUACAUCAACAAUCGCAUCUUCAAGAUCAACAAGUUUGGCCAUGGCACGGUGACCAAUCUUACAGCUGGACUAAACCAUGCCACCGAUGUGGUACUCUACCACCAGUAUAAACAGCCAGAUGUGACCAACCCAUGUGACAGGAAGAAGUGUGAAUGGCUCUGCCUCCUAAGCCCAAGUGGUCCUGUGUGCACCUGCCCCAAUGGCAGGAGGUUGGACAACGGCAUAUGUGUACUUGCUCCUUCACCUACUGUUCCGCCUGUUGUUCCAGCCACUGACACUUGUGAUCUCGUUUGCCUCAAUGGUGGCAGCUGCUUCCUCAAUGCACGGAAGCAGCCCAAGUGCCGGUGCCAGCCACGUUACACCGGGGACAGGUGCCAGCAAGACCAGUGCUCUGGCUAUUGCCAGAAUGGAGGCACUUGUGCUGCUUCUUUAUCUGGAAUGCCAACGUGCCGCUGCCCCAAUGGCUUCACUGGUUCUCAGUGCAACAAGCCGGUGUGCCUGGAUUACUGCCUUAACAACGGCAGUUGUACAGUCAACCAGGGCAAUCAGCCAAAUUGCCGCUGCCCAGACAAUUACAUUGGUGACAAGUGCCAGUUUCGCCUUUGUUCAAACUACUGUGAAAAUAAUGGCAUGUGCCAUUUGACAGCCUCUGGGACUCAGCAGUGCCGCUGCACAACAAAUUAUUACGGUGACCGCUGCCAGCAUGACAAGUGUGACCGCUGUCUCAAGGGCAAAUGCUCCAUCAACAAGCAGACCGGCAAUGUCACCUGCAUCUGCCCUGAUGGCAAGAUGGCCCCCAGCUGUUUGACUUGUAACAACUACUGCAUGAAUGGAGGGUCAUGCACCAUGAAUGCUGAAACUUCCAUGCCAGAGUGCCAGUGUAUCUUGGAAAUGACUGGGGAGCGUUGCGAGAAAUCUGUGAACAGUGGGCAACAAAGCAGCCGAACUGUGUCUAUUGUCAUUCCAAUUCUGCUGCUGCUGCUCCUGGUACUAGUGGCUGGUGCUGUGGUUUGGUACAAAAAAAGGAUUAAAGGGGCCAAAGGUUUUCAGCACCAGCGCAUGACCAACGGAGCCAUGAAUGUGGAGAUUGGCAAUCCUACCUACAAGAUGUAUGAGGGGGACCCCGACGCAGAUGACGUAGGGGAGCUGCUAGAUGCCGACUUCGCUCUGGACCCUGAUAAGCCCACAAACUUCACAAACCCAGUGUACGCCACACUUUACAUGGGUGCCCACAACAGCCGCAAUUCACUAGCCAGCACAGAUGAAAAGCGGGAGCUGCUGUCAAGAGGUGCAGAUGAUGAUCUUGGCAACCCCCUGGCAUAAGGAACGGGGGAAUGGGCCAUCAGCCCACGACAGAGACCAGGUGGAAAGAGACCAGAUGGGGAGGGAGCAAGAGAUACUGUAUAAAUGUACAAAUGAAGGAUUAUUACUUUUAUAUGUGAGCAGUAUUAUUACCUGUAUAUUCCCUUUCAUCUACCAGCCACUGAAUCUCUGUCACUGGACUCGGGGGUGAUUGAAGUAAAGGCAAUGUAGAGGGAAUAGAGGGAGAAUUGUAAGAAGACCCCACUUUAGAUUAAAGGGCUGGAUCUUUUUGCUUGCUGCACAAAUCAAUCCACUUCUGCUUCUUCUACAGACGGCUUUAGGUUGCUAGCCUUUUAAAGUUUUGCAAUAGUUUCCCACCCUUCUCAGGAUGCUGUUGAUGAAUCAAGGGAGAUGUUUGGGGAAGACUUUUCUCUUGCUAGAAGUCAGAGAUGGACCAUAUUGAAAAGUGCAUGUUAGAUCUGGUAGGGAAGGGGAACAGCUUUUUUCCUUCUCAUGCACACUGAAACUUGGUUUCACUGAAUGUGGAUCACAAUAUGAUGCCAAUAUUGACAAUAGCUCAAUAUAGAUUUGUUGGACAAGAGGAACCCAUGACAGACACACCAGUGAUCCUUUAAUUCUGGGGCACUGGGGGAACCACGAUUUUAAUUUGCUCGUUUCCAUUUGUUCUUAGGGUGCAAGUCAACUUGAACAUUUUUUUCCUCCCUCCCUCCCUCCACAAACUUGAUCCAUUUGAGAAGAAAAUGGGGAGUGGGUCAGUAGUUGCACAUCCAUCACAAACUGGGGUUGGAGAAAAUCCCACAGUAACCUGUGGAUGUGCUGUUUGUGAACCUCAUCCCUUGUGAAAAUUAAGGUAUUUUCCCCCAAGGAACCCUCAAAUUCUUGCUCCAUUUUGUGAUUCCUCUAAACAAAGAAGCCUUAUAUCAGGAUGUCUUAAGGAACAGAUUUCUCUGCAGUGCGCAGACAUGGCAAUAGCUUAUCCUGGCCUGCUUUUCCUCCCGCUUUGGGCAGCAGUUCCAUUUGAUCAGUGAGCAAAAGGAGCUGACUCUUAAUUUGAUCAUUUGUCAUUUAAAAAAAAAAUACCAAACCAACCCUUCAACGUUUUCUUUCUGUAUUCCAUCAGGUCCUCGCAGAUGACCCGAAAGUCCACAAAAGGUCCCUUGGCUAUCUAAGAGUUGAAUUAAAGAACCACUGGUGUAAAUGUUCUUCCCAUCAAGUGCAUUCUAAUUUUUUUCCCCCCAAUAGUUUCCCCUGUGUAUUUCCAACAAUGGCCUUUUCUCUUACAGCACCCAGCCAGUCUAAUCAUCUCUUUGCAACGCCUUAAUCAUUUUUUUUUCUACCAGUACGAUUUAAAUCUACUCUUAUCCCAUCAGCCACCACCCAAACUGGUUUUCUUGUAUCUUUUCACCUUUACACUAAUUUUAUUUUUUUUUCC